GAGAGGCAAAAGUGCAAAACAACACACAGUGAUACUCGAGUGAGUGAGUGAGCGAGAGAGAGAGAGAGAGAGUGUGUGCAGCAGCAUCGAAUGAACCGAAUCGGGCAGACGAAGUAGAGGAUUAACACUGUGCCCGAAGGAAGUUGUGACAGCUCGGUUUUAGUAUUUUUCAUCCAAGCAGGCCGUUCGUUCUGUUGCGAACCGAGUGAUCGCAGGAUAUCAACACACACCGGAAGUGCAAACGCUACAAACACACACACUGCUGCAAACGAGGACAACGGAGCAACGGUGACGACAGUGUCCAACAGCGCUCUCAUUGCAGAUAAGCUUCCGGAUUCGUGGGCCGUGCGCGGAUUCACGGACACACAGCAAGUGCAUAAAUCAAUCAAUCAAACCCCGCGGCGUUCGAGCCGCACCGACGAAAGCGGCAAACAGUGCAGAGGACGCAGAGCCUUGAGCGAGCCCGUUUUCGAACGAUCCUAUACGCAGUGCCUUUCCAUAUUCGCUCGGGGAAGCAUUAUUCGGGCAAAAGCUAAUGUGCGCCCCAAAUGCAGUGCCCGGCCAAAGCAUCCGCGCCCUGGAUGUUUGAAGUUAUCGUAGUGCCAACGCGUUAAUGUCUGUGAACAAGAGUGCCGUUAAAGCGUACAAUUCUUUAUACGACGGAAAGUGCCGUGUAUGCUGUGGAGAUCAGGAACCGCUUUCCAGGCUCCAAGAGCUGCUGUGAAGUGGUUACAAAACAAAAACAAGGAACGAAAUCAGUCUUUCAGUCAACGACUGGUGCUGAGAGCAGCAAGCAUAUUGUGAUUUAAGUUAAUUUUGUACAGCAACAAUACCUUCAUAUACAACCGCACAUAUACAUACACAUAUACGCACAGAAACGUACAAUCAGUACUAUUUAAACAUACAACCCUAUUUAAACCAUCGACGUCGACAGUUUGUGCAUUUGUGCUCGUCCCUGUCAGCAUCAUUCAGCACUAACAGUUUCAUCAAUAAGCGCAUCGUACAUCCCUGGUGCACUCAAAACUACCCAAAACCAAACUCGAAACACAAACACACACACACAUUCGCGUGACACUAAGUGUACCAAAACACGUGCCCUUUAUUUCCGCAAGUGAACCACUUUGCGGCUAAAGCAGGAAGACACAAGGCGCAAGGAAUAUUCUUCCCAGUUCAAAAGUGUGCAAAUUUCAGAGUGCAUUCGAAAAAAAAAGAAAAUCUGUGAUUAAAAUAAUUCUGUUUAUUUUGUGUGUUUGUUUGCUUUAUUUUAGUGACGGUCCCGAGUGUGUGUCUUUCGAUUUAUGUUUUCUUGUUUUCUAUACGAUCCGUUGGGACGUUGGUUUCAACGAAGUUUUUUGUUAAAAGUGCCACGCCAUUACAAAGCGAACGAAACGAACAAACGACUCGACUUUUUUUUUACUAAGUUAAGUGCACAUUAGUAUACGCGUCGGAACAAGCAAGUGUUUGCAGUACAAGUACAAGACAGCGGGUCCGAUCUUUCGAAGAUCCGGCCAUACGCGCGAUACAACUUAAGCCGGGAGAAUCAAAUUCGCCCGCCAUUUUUAGUCAACCUGUCACCGCGUUCAGUUGCUAAGCAACGAAGCAGUGCAUCCCCAGCGCAUCAUCACCAAAACGACACGAUCGAGCGCGAUCGAAAAGGGAACAAACGCAACCCACACAUCAAAACAUGUUCAACACAAACCUCAGCCUCACCGUGCCAUCGCUCCUUAUCAUGGACGGUGGCACGCCCAGGACGCCGGAGAUCCUCAACUCCCUGAUGGCCAUGACAAACCCGCUCGAGUACUCGUUUCCAGUGAACAACUCACAGACCUCACUGAACGACAGUCAUUCCAACAGCUCUGACUCUCCGCUGGACUCGCCCGCCAGCCAGCAACAUCAAUCGCACCAGCAGCAGCUCCACCUUCACACCGGGAAGACGCCGAGCGUACAACAGACAUGCUCGCAACUGAUCAAGGAAGGCGUGAAGCUGCUAAUUCAGAGCAAGCGCAAGCACAGCGGCGGAGAUUCGAGCGACGGGAAUGAAUCCAGCACACCGAAGGCGAAGGUAGCGCGACGGCGUGAUGCCUCCAUGACCGACCACCGGGAGACGAGUGAAGAUGACAUCGACUUCAAGUCGAGUCCUCGCUCGACUGUUGCGCUAACACCGGAAGACGAGGACCGGCGACGGCGACGCCGCGAAAGGAACAAAAUCGCCGCCACCAAGUGUCGCAUGAAGAAGCGCGAACGUACGGUGAACCUGAUCAACGAAUCGGAGACGCUCGACGCCCAAAACAGGGAGCUAAAGUCGCAGGUCAGCAAGCUGGAGACGGAGUAUCGGAAGUUGGUGGAGAUCCUGCAGGCGCACGGUCCAACCUGCGUUCAUCAGAAUGGCUAUCAACCGCUUCCCUCCCUGUCGACCAUUAUUGGAGCCGGUGUGGCUAGUACCAGCACCAGCACCAGUACCAGCAGCAGUAGCAACAGCAGCAGCAACAACAGCAACAAGUAUCUGAACGAUUUGACCUAUCUCGAUCAGGACCAAGCGAGCGGCCAGGGAGAGAUCAAGUACUCGGAGUGCUUGAAGUCUGGAGUUGCCUCCAGUACCGGAUCACCAAUGGAUGGCUUCCACAACCAAGACUCUCUGCUUCCGCCCGGAUACUGUAAGCUUUCUCCAACGGAACCCAACAGCUUCCUGCUUGAAUCACCAUCCGAGUUACCCGGCACGGGAGAUCAAACGGCCAAAUCGGAAUACAUUCCCGGUCCGGCAGUGUCUGUCGCAUCCUCCACCACUGCUCCCCAGCCUGCUCCCAAGAAUGGACGUUCGAAACCUGGACCCAAGCCGCGACAGUCUAGAGCCCAGAACAAAACCACUCCCUCAGCGACAGCCACAUCUACUACCGUAACGAAUCUUCCCUCUCUGAAGAGCAACGCCAGUAUCAUCAACACUACUACGACCACCACUACGACCCCGUUCGGUACGAAAGGAAACCCACUCAUUGCAGCCACCCUCAUGACCACGACGCCCUCCUCUUCGCCCUCAUCCGUACCUUCACCCCUGACUGGAUCCCACUCGUUGUCCACGGUGAAUCCAAUCAUCAAUUCCAUCGGAGGCCUCGGCACGACGGACGACGAUGACUUCAUACUGAAAAACGAACUCAUCGACACGCACAGCCCCUACACGACGGUGCAGAGUGCGGAUCGGUUCCUGUUCGAUGCCACGCUCGAUCUGUACAACAACAACGCGCACAGCCCGCUGACCGCAGGGCUCAACUGUGCCACCUCACACCAGCAACAUCAGCAUGCACAACAAUCGCAACACCACCACCAUAUGCAGCAACAGCAGCAGCAGCAACAUAGUGCCACACUCAACAACAACAACCCCAGCGUGGUAAACGAAAAUGACAAACUCAAUCACCUGAAUGCGAUUAAAGACAACACCUCCAACACGCUGCUCGAGUUCGGUGCCAGCUUCGAGACGCUUAAACCCGCCACAGUUGACUACACGCAGCAUCAGCAGCAAGCCCAACACUCCAACGGAAUGCAUCAUCAGCAACAGCAGCAACAGUCACAGCAACAGCUAGAUAACCUGCUAGUCGUUGGUGACCCUACCCUUGGGCAUCUUCUUCAUCAUCAACACCAACAAAACCAUCACCAGCACCAUCACCACCAACAACAACAGCAGCAGCAGCAGCACCAACAACAGCAACAUCAUCAACACCAGAUGCAACACCAGCAGCAACAUCACCAACUGCAGCAUCAUCUCCAACAACAUCACCUUCAGCAACAGCAACAGCAGCAACAUCAACAUCACCUCCAUCAGCAGCAGCAACAACUCGUCAGCAACACGUUGGAUCUGCUCGGAUCGGCUGCGAACGAUAUGUUCCUACUGACCGACGAUGAUCCGACAGGUUUCACCGAUCUCGACAGCGGUAUAACGGCGUACAACAGCAUCAACGGGUGUCUGGCGUGACCCACAUCUUUCGAUCUGUAAAAUCCUCCCCAAGCACAAGCGAACCCUCAAACCCUUGGGGAGAUGAUCCUCCAGGGAUCAUGGGGAGACUAUCUGAGCUCUAAUCGUGUCUAAUCGUUAAACGUGAUCAAUUUACCGCAAGUAUCUCUCGAAAUGUCUAUUCUACUACACUGCAGAGGUGCGUCCUUCCCGAAGCCUAAUGUACUUGUUUCGACUGUUUUAAAAGCUGCUGCUGCUCCCGCUGUGUCCCUUUCCUUUACGAGUUCCUUACUUGAUCGUCUUCCAUCACGCCCGCUAGGUUAGCACGCAAACGACUUUUUUCCUACUGAUUCGUCUCUUUGGACUCUACAACUUUACUACUAACCAGUCAGCUAUUUGUACAACAGGUUGUUCUACGUACGAAAUUGAGGUAAGAAAUGUCCCCCACAUUACCAACCAUUGAGUCGUAAUGUCUCCAAAAUACUCUCGCACAUACAUACAACAUUCAUCAAACAUUUGAUCGCUGUGAGUUUUGUGUCUUGUGUAACUUCCAUAAUGCGUCCCAGGAAAUUACUUUCUUUUUUUCUGUUCUGCAAUGAAAUUUGUUGCGUUUUGGUUUGGUGUCUACCAGCUAUAACCCUGACCAUGUCAAGUAAAUGACAGCGUAGAAGAACACAACAAAGCACACACAAUAACGCUGAAUGGAAACAGAGGAAAUGAGAUGGCGAAAAUGUAAAGAUCGGAAAUGCAUUCCUUUUUCGUGUGUAAGGUUCAAUAAUCGUAUCUCAUUUUAUGACUACUAUUGUAUGGUACACUAUUACUGAAUGUUAUUAAUAUUAUUAUUAUUAUUAUUACUAUUAUUAUUCUCUUAUUCCUACUACUGACUAUUAUUCUUAUUGUGGCUAUCUUGUUUACCGUUUUCUUUACCUUUUCGGUUCUGCUCUUUCCAUUUGACACAUGUUUCCGAAACAUUGUGUGCGCUUGUUGUUGUUGUUUUUUGUGUUUCUUUCCACUGCCAUUUUACUUGCUGGUUUUGGCUGCACUGUGUUCCGUUCUUUUCGUCGUAUGUUUGCAUACACCCGAAAGAGCGGGAAAGAGAAUCGGAAUUUUGCAUAUAUAUCUCCCACUUUUGGCGUUGUUGUGUUCAUGUUCUUGUGCUUCUUCACACCCGCAAGCUAAUCUUUGUCAACCAGCAGAAUAUUUCUCUUCCCAAAAGCUACAUCACCCUACCCCCUUGUUUAUAUUUGGUGGUCUUUCCUUCUUUUUUGGCAAAUUUGAAUACUGUCCAAACCGUUUUUUUUUUAGUUUUCAAAGGUAUAAAACUCAGCUUGCAUGUGAAACUGUUGUCAAAAGUCUACCGUGGGCUCGCGCCAUAAGACGCGAGUGCUGGAAAUGGAAGUUAAAAACGUUGCAUGGUAACUGGACGGAGCAUUCAACCUCGCGUGAGAGGUGCGUUCGCACGCGCUCUGUACCUUAUCAUGCAACUGCAUGGAAAAGACGCAAAAAAGUAUUUUCAACCUUAUGUUGACAUUUUCUGCUGGUUUCAGCAUAGCGGUGUAUGUCUGUCAAUGUAAAUUCAUUAAUUAAAUUACCAUUUGCACGGUACGCUGUCUCCCCCUCUGCUGAGUAGGAGCCGGGGACGGCAACGAAUUCGAAACACUUCAAAGCACACAGAGGAAGACAAAAAACUGGCACAAGAUUAAACCAUAUUGGACUGUCCAUUAUUGGGAUUAUCGGCAGAGUAAUGCUGAUUGAUGUACGACGGAAAGCGAUGGUAGAAGAAUCUCACAAACAACAUCAACCAAAAAACAAACGCUCAGCUUCCGUUUAUGACGAUCCACUGCAAACGAGAAGUAUCCCCUAUUGGUCCAAACCUCAACAUUCCAAGCGCGAAACCGAAAACGACACCUUCUACUACUAGCACUGCACUGCAGCGAGUACACGAGGAGCAGAUGGCGGAAGCGUGGUUCAAAGCAAAUCUAAUUAACUUAAUGCAUAAUCAUAACGAUACCGAUAAUUACUAUUCGUUCGCGAGUUCUGACUACUAUCGUAUUUGUGGAAAAAUGAAGAAGAGUUGUACUCUUUCUUCUACUUCGGACUGAUCCUUAAAUGUCACUUACAAGCACCAACGGAAAGUUACCAACUACCUGUACAUCUCUCUAUCUCUCUGGUGGUCUGCAGAAGCCAAACGGAAAGUUACCAACCGAUUGAAGCAAACAAACAACAAUAUGUAGAAACUAUAAUGUUUCAUUGCGUUAAGUUUUUUUUUUUUUAGAUAUAAUCCUGUACUAAAUGGAUUAAAACAAACCUUUUUGAUGGACCCAUAUGGAUAAGGGCAGAGGAGUUUGUUGCUGAAGUGUUGCUGCCCCAUAAGGGCAAAUCACAAAAUCUACGGGUGCCAUACUAUUAUCGUGUAAGUGUACGGAUACACACUACCAGUACACGAGAGCAUACAAUACCAGUCAUUUAGUAUUAGCCGUUUUCUCGUUAAUGACUUGAUGAGGUUUUGUUUUUUUUUUACAUUUCAUCUAUUUACCCUUAAUCUCACCUAGUGAUUAGUUACGGUACAUCAAUCUCGUAUAAUGUAAAACGCUAAAUACUUAGUCUUCCUCGUAGCGUUCUACCUGUUUUGUGUUGCGCCGGGAGUGUUACAUUUGCCAUGCAAUCGGACUACAACGCGCAUUUGUUAACCGGUUAAGAUGUUUGUUUAAAUAAUUAAUAUAUUCUUGCUUUGAACGUACGCGCGCCAUCUGUUCCGCGUACUCGUACUUGCACACUCAAGAAGAUCCCUCCGACAAGACCCUAGGGCCCUUUCUUCCCGGUUAGAUCUCCCAUCCCUUCGUUCUUCUAAAGGCCAUUUAACAGCAACAGCCUCCACAAACAGCAACAACAACAACAACCAAGACCAAUUUAAUAUUAGCUAGAUUUGGAUUACUGUAAACGUACUAUUUAAGCGUAACAAUCGACCGAAAGCUUACUGUGAAAUCUAGGAUAUAGGAUAUGAUAGAGGUACGAUAAUUGCUGUAGUGCUGCAUUUCAAACCCAACUGCAGCGAAACUGCACACCCACAGAAGCCGACUGCAAUGUGCAAUGUGUGUUCGUCGUGCAGUGUGUGCAAUACGACACUACGAGUAUAUAUUAUAUAUAUUUAUCAAACUAACACUGGUCAGGAGCCUUAAGCAGAAGAGGAAAGGAGAGGCCUUCUGUUAAGCUGGGCAAGUGAGCAGCUUCCCAAGGUGGUUUAUAGCAUAGAAGGUAAAGUGUCGGCUAAGGCAAACAUUCAAACUGUAUACCAUUUUAAAAGCAAACUCAUCUCGUUCACCUCCCCUCCAAUCGGAACAAUUAGAGCCUUUCAAACAGCCUUUGAGAGCAGUGUGUGUGUUUGCUGCUGCUUGGUUGGUCUUCUCAGUUGGUUAUAUACUCAGGUGGCUGGGCGUGCUGCUUUUGGCACGAAUAUUUGGAAGCUUCACUUGUUUUGUCCCAAACCAUCCACAUCCCCUCUUUCUCAUCUUCUUGCCGCAGGAGGGGGCAGGAAAGGAGAACGGCUUAAUCGAACCGCCUAUUCCUUCCGAUCCAUGCAGAAGACGAAAACUGGGGAUGCAGGAUGCAAAACAAAAAUGCAAAAUGUGUGAAGCUAACAUCAAAUCCAUUCGAAAAGCUGCCACUAACGCCUCCAAAUCCAUCGCAUGCCUUACUGUAAGAAAGUGAGCGGAAAAAGAAGUUUAGCAGUAAAGUUUAAAAUUCAUCAUCAAAACUGGAUAAAAUGCCUUCCUAUUUGGAUGAAUAGGUUAUAAUGCAUGUUACUAGUUAUUUCGUCAAAAGAGAAACAGACAAACCCGAACGAAGCAGAAUUUCAAAAAAAAAACAACGCCAAGAAGCAAGAAACAUUACUAAACAAAACAUAAAUAUACAAAACAAAAACGAGAGAAAAAUAGACAAAAAAUAUUAACAUUCAAAUGCUAUUUCGCAUACACGUUUUGCGCUAUAGGCCUUAGCUGUUUACACGCCAAACGGGCGUACGUGUCAUUGGGUAGAUGUGUUAUUCUUAUGGUUUAAUGCAAUGCAUUAUACACUCGGGGCAGGACCAACUUCAAAGCGCUUUACCUUUUCUUUUACCGUGUACCAAUCGAUAAGAUGAUACGCUGAAGGCGAAGGAUAAAAACAAA